CUUUCGACUUGUUGUGUUUUCUGUUACUCCAAUCGCCAUCUUGUUGCCAGUGAAGUAAUGUGUUUCUGAUGAAUUUCGGGAGCGCCCUGGAUGUCUUAUGACUGUCUUUGGAAGCCAGUGGAUUAUAUUGUGAUUUAACCCACCACAUAUAUCUGUACCGGGGGCUUGCAUACAUUUUUAACGGGAACGUAUUGUAUCGGUGUUCAAAAUGAGUAUCGAUACUCUAUUGGAAGCGGCCAGGUAUUUGGAGUGGCAAGCCCAGCAACAACAGAUUGCACGUGAGGAGGAAGAGCGGCGAGAGAAGGCCUUGCUGUCCCGUGAGGCAGAGCAGAAGUUCUCCGCCCCCAUUAUCCAGUCUGUCCAAGUUAACCAUGUGACCUGGGCCGACAACAUGCGGCUCGAGCCACACCGCCACUACCAGCACCACCCUCCGUUACCGCCCCCUCCCCUCCCACCACCUGUUCCAAUAGCUGUCAUUCCUAUCCCGGUGGUCCCUGCCAACCCUGCGGCCCCUCCCAUUCAGACUGCUUCGUCCCUUCACACAGCCUCCCCUUUGCCAGUGGUCACACCCUUGGCCACAGCCCUGUCCCCACCAGCAGCCCCCCUCCUCAGUCCCAAUGGCAAGGAUGCCCACUCCCCUCCGCAGCAGCAGCAGCAACAUCCUCACUUGAUCGCACACAUAAAAGCAGAAGCUAACAGCUUGCCUCUGUCGAAUAACAGUCCCAAGCAGCAGCCGCAACAGAUGCAUGCACUUUUGCAACCAUAUCCAGCCCCCAUCAUCACAGCCCAGCCUUCACCACAGCAACACGCCCUCUUGCCCCAGCCAGCACUACCCCAACCUCAGCACACAACGGCCCAGGGUCAGGCAGGUCAACCGCCCAGGCCUAACGGAGCUGCUGUGGAAGAGUCACGCAGCCUGGAUGGGAAAAGGAGACCUGGAGGGGCUGGAACUCGAGAAGUUCACAACAAGCUGGAAAAGAACAGACGAGCACAUCUGAAAGAAUGCUUUGACAUCCUCAAGAAGAACGUUCCUAAUGUGGAUGAAAAGAAAACUUCCAAUUUGAGUGUCUUGAGGAGUGCGCUCCGCUACAUUCAGACUUUGAAACGGAAAGAAAAGGAGUACGAGCACGAGAUGGAGCGCUUGGCACGGGAGAAGAUCGCCACUCAGCAAAGACUCGCAGAGCUGAAGAAUGAGUUGAGCCAGUGUAUAGACAUCAUGGAGAUCGACAGACUACUCCGACAAACUGUCCAACCGGAAGAUGAUCAGGCCUCCACAUCAACAGCAUCAGAGGGUGAAGACAACUUCGACCAAGAUGUAGAUGAUGACAUCCUCUCCUCCCCGCCCUCGUCUUGUGCGGCCAAACCGUCUGCACCGGCGCCGUCAGAGCCCCGCGCUGCCAUGCCUCCACCCUCCAUUCUCCCUACACAUAUCUCCAUACAACACAAACCCACCACACCAACCUCUGCUCCACCCAAUCAACCCCAGCCCACAGUGGUCACCCCUCAAGCCAUCGCCCCUGCGCCCCCUUCCCACAUCAUUUCCCCUCCUCAGCCAACAGUCAUCACCCACGCCUCCGUAUCCCAUGCGUCCGUCAUCCAAGCGGUCAACCACGUCAUCCCAGCUGGGCAUAAACAUCUGGCGCACAUUGCGCCCUCUAGUGGCGGCCAGCCUAUCGGACACAUCACCGUGCAUCCCGUGGCCCACCUCCCCGCCGCCAUUUACCCGCAGUCGGUGGCUGUCUCGCAGGCGGCGAUGGUGGGUCACAUCACGCACACGUUGGCGCACCACCCGCACACUCACGCCCAAGUUAACGGCACGCCGGUCACAGGCCAGCAGGCCACCAUUGUGGGAAAGCCAACAGCCGUGGUCGCUCACCAUCACACCGGGCUGGUGGGCCAGACGGUGCUCAAUCCGGUGACUAUGGUAACUGUUCCUCCUUUUCCCAUCAGCACGCUAAAGCUGGCCUGAAGAAAAGAGAGGCUGCACAGAACGACUUCCAUGAAUGGAGGUCUCGCAAAGCGAGAGCAAGAGAGACUAAAGACGAAGAGCUAAUCGCGGAAAGGACUACUAGAUCCUGUUCAGAAAAUCACUACUGUCACUCCUACACGCCAGGACCUCGUCAGGAUCGGAACGUGUCCUCUUUUGCUUGUAGAAGGGGCUUGCGUGUCUUUUGCCAUGCAGCGUUGGAAUGAAUUUCAUGUAAUGCACUUGCAAAUUCGAAGACAUUGGUCAGUCUUUUAGUAAUGUGAGAGUGGAGUGCUGAAACAAAUCAAUUCAUUCUUCUCUUUCCCUCGUGUCCUUUUUUCUGUAUGCAAUUUAUCUCACGCUUUACAUUCA